GCAGCGUGAGUGCCCGUCUCAAAGAUGCCUCAGAGGUCUUUCUUACUUGAGUCACGUCUGUCUCCAUGCGAAUGGAUCCACCUGCGAGCACCAGAGGAGUGACGCUCAUUUCAUAUGUGUGAAGAUCGAACCUGUCACUGUCAUUUCGGGCCGGUGAGCAGAGGUGAGGUGAGCGCAACCGCUGCGCUUUCCUCACACCAGUCAAGAUUUUUCAGCCAGGUUUGAAUGAACUCAUUCAAGUGUGUGAGCCACUUCUUACGGGACUAUGAAGACCACCCGAAAAUGCCGUGCUCUGCUGUCUGUGGGGUUAAAUCUUCUGGCACUCUUAUUCUCAACGACGGCGUUCAUCACGACCUACUGGUGCGAAGGUACUCAGAGGGUCCCCAAACCCAACUGCAGCAAGGAUAGACGGCAUAAUUGUAUUGACUAUGGAGUGAACGAGACAGACCCGACUAAAGUUCACUAUAGCUGGGAAACGGGUGACGACCGAUUUCUCUUUAGGCAUUUUCACACGGGGAUCUGGUACUCGUGUGAGGAGAACAUCCAUGGAGGAGGUGAGAAAUGCAGGAGUUUUAUCGAUCUGGCCCCGGCAUCUGAGAGAGGUGUCCUUUGGCUGUCAGUUGUGUCUGAGGUGCUAUACAUCAUGCUGCUGGUCGUUGGCUUCAGUCUGAUGUGCCUGGAGCUUUUUCAUUCCAGUAACGUGAUCGAUGGACUCAAACUGAACGCCUUCGCCGCAGUCUUCACUGUGCUGUCAGGUCUUCUGGGAAUGGUGGCUCACAUGAUGUACACACAAGUUUUCCAGAUCACAGUCAGUUUGGGACCAGAGGACUGGAGGCCUCACACAUGGGACUACGGCUGGUCUUUCUGUAUGGCCUGGGGUUCAUUUACCUGUUGCAUGGCCGCCUCCGUCACCACCCUCAACUCCUACACAAAAACGGUGAUUGAGUUCCGACACAAACGGAAGCUCUUUGAGCAAGGCCUGCGUGAGGAGCAAACCUUUCUGGACCCGGAGGCCUUCCAUUACUUCCGUGACAGGUCCGUCCAGUCCAUUUCCAGCUCUAUAGAUGUUUACCCAAGCCACGGAAGCAGCCAUGGGAGCAGUCGUGGGAAAAUGCGCUCCCCGCCCGCUCCGGUGGACCAGAGCGAUAACACGGAGUCUCUGGGAGAAGAGCAGUGCUGAGAGGACGUGUAUUCGGUACUGCACAGGUGGCCUUGCUCGGACCGGACAACUCGGAAUACUGAUGAACUGGGAUGCGAGGGACUGAAAUGUUAAAUUCCCUUUUUUGAUACACAUCAUGAGGGUAAAAAAUGAACAUGAGUAACAGUACUAAACGAGGCGUGCAGGUAACAAGCUGAGCCUUAGCGAAGAGAAAUCAGUGAUUGUAAAUAAAAUGAUGUGGAAAGGGAGCGUUUUUUUCCGCCGACAGAUAGCUGAGGUCUGCACGGGCAGGUGGGAAAACAAAGUGACUUACACUGCCGUGACGACUGAGCGGUGCACGCCGCUAAAGCCGUAUCAAAGCAUCUGUCGGUCCCUCGCCCUGACAGCUAGACGUGCUCCUGAGUAUUUACCGGUCUUACACAGUUUGUGAAAUGCCCUCCUCCCUUGGUGAGAUCUGCUUGAAUAUGCCUUCAUGUUACAAACAACAGAGUAGAGUACCGUUUCAAUCCUGCCUUCAAUACUGCUGCAGCUGAAUACAGGAGAAGCACAGUCCAUUUCAGUUGCAACAUCCACUAGGUAAACAAGGUUACUGCCAUUUGGAUUUUGCCUGUUUCUGUCUUUUGUCGUGCAUUACUGGCUUGAUUAUCAGCAGUCAGUGACAAGAUUGUAAACUCCGCCCCUCCAAAUCCUCAUCUUUUGUAAUAUUUUGAAGAUCGUAUUAAUGUACAUAUAAUGAAUGGAAUUCUAUCUAUUAAUGAAUGUACUAAAUUGUAUAUUUAUCUAUGUAUGCACUAUAAUCCUGUCUUUUUCAUUUGAUAAAAGAGGUACAAAAUUA